GUGACCCGACCAUCGUAGAUCUAUAGAACCGCAGCCCCCCUUCUCUCGAAGCCUCUUUCGCUCGUCCAACAAAAUAGCCGUUGCAGCUUCAAAUUCGAAUUAUCGAUGUCGGAGAGCUCGCAGCACCAACAGAACGCUGGCAGAAGUGGGGGAUUCAACGAACCCCUCACCCUCAAUGAAAUCUCCAAAUUCUUCCACAUGCCCAUCGCUGAUGCCGCCAGCAAUCUCGGUGUUGGUACAAGUGCUUUGAAGAGGAUGUGCCGUGAUAAUGGUCUUGUAAGGUGGCCAUAUCGCAAGGUUGUAUCCGGAAAGGCCAUCGAAGAAUUUAACAAGGAAGCUUCAGCAACAAUGUCUCCGACUGCAGUUGAAACUAUGGGUGCCCAAUUUCAAGAUGGAUUGCCAAACUAUGCACAAGAUGCGUUGAAAUUGCAACGAGGGGCUUCUUUGCCUGAUCAUCUGCUGCCGCAGCAAGGAAGUAGGUUUUUUCAAAGUGGGCGGCAGAAUCAGAAUCUGAUUCACUCUAGCCAUGCAAGAACCAUUCCUACCUACUUAGAUGAAUUUAAACAAGGAUUCCCAUCAGAUGGUUUAUCAUCUGUCUCUAUGAGAUGGUGGGGGAGUAUGAAUCUGGAUGAUGCUGAGAAGAUCCCAAAGGAAGAACCUACGAACAUAGUAGCAGCAGAACAAAAAUCCCAUGAAUUUCCAAGUGAUGGGGAAAUGACAGAAGGGAAACCUGAGAGAGACACGGAGAAGGAUGCAAUUGGACCCCAAGGGGCAGCUUUGCUGUCAUCAGUGAGAAAAAGAGCUGUAGAAGACGGAAGAGAGGCAGUGAAGCUUAGUGUGGCAAGGGGAUAUGGGCCAUACAAGUUAGGAAGGAAAGAGAGAGUGUUGCUAGCUCAAGUAUUUCAGUCUUCUUACCCAAGCAUAUGGAGGUGAGGCUUUUCUUGAAGCUGCCUUUGGUGAGGGUUCUCAAGGUAGAGAUGGAGUUUGUGUGCACUGCGUGCACGAGUGUGCUUUUACUCUCAACGAUUAGCAAGUUAGAUGGGUCCUGUUCUCAAAGCACCGCUGGUGCUUUUUUUUUUUUUUUUCCUACUGCAAGGAACAUCCACUUUGUAACAAUGCUGGCUUUUAGCUCUAUCCCAUUUUUUUUGGGGGGGAUUUUUAUAAAUGAGUACCUCACGGGUUGGGUUUUUGCA